CUAGUGUCUCUCCACCUCAUAGAAGCGACAAACCAUGAGUCUCUUCAACUACCAGAGCCAAAAACAGCACUCAUCCAAGCACCACAAGAAGAGGCUUACGAAAGACCAAGUGAGGCUCCUGGAAAUAAGCUUCGGCUCGAACAAGAAGCUCGAGCCGGAGCGCAAGCUCCAGCUGGCUCGCGACCUCGGCAUCCCUCCCCGACAAAUCGCCAUUUGGUACCAGAACAAGCGAGCCCGGUGGAAGACUCAGAGCCUCGAGCUCGACCACAGUGCCCUCCAGCUCCGUCUCGAAGCCGCAACGGCCGAGAAAAAACAGCUCGAGAAAGAGGUCGAGCGGCUUCGGGAGGAGCUGGAAAAGGCACACAAGGUUUUGGUUUCUUUAAGGCAAUUUUCGAAUCCUCCUCCUCCCAUGGAUGUUUCUUCUCUCUCUAGCUGUUGUGAUGAGAGAGGGAGUUCUAGCUUGCAUGAUCAGGAUCAUGUCAUGAGUUGUUCUUGGGUGGAUAACAAUAAUGAGGCUUUGCAGCUUGAGGAUCUCUAUGCUUGUUUGAUGGGUGCAAAUUGUUCUACUACUUGUGCCUAAAAGUGGCCAAGAAAAUUCUAUUCUUCUUCUUCCUCUUGGAUUUAUUUUUCUCUUGUGUUGGAUGAGUGAUGUUAUUCUAACGAAACAGGAAAGUUGUUGAUGAUUUCUAUACUUUGAUUUCGAAUCGAAUACUAUCA